AUAUUAAUUUCUAGUCCUUGUUUUCUUUUGUAGACGACGGUGGCUUUCACAGGCGGAUUAAGACGACGAAGAAAGCUCUCUCCGUAGUAAAAGUUAGGCUUUUGAUCGGCUGCUAUGGCGGAGGAGAAGGAGAGGAAAGGAGAGAAGAAGUAUAAGUAUAGCGUAAUCGUUCCUACGUACAACGAGCGCCUCAACAUUGCUCUUAUAGUCUACCUCAUUUUCAAGCAUCUCCGGGAUGUUGAUUUUGAGAUAAUUGUUGUGGAUGAUGGGAGUCCUGAUGGCACUCAAGAAAUUGUCAAGCAACUGCAGGACUUGUAUGGUGAAGACCGCAUUCUUUUAAGAGCUAGAGCCAAGAAGCUUGGUUUGGGAACGGCAUAUAUCCAUGGUUUUGAAGCAUGCUACAGGUGAUUUCGUUGUAAUCAUGGAU